UUGCAGCCUGCUCCUGGAGCUCUGCAAGCACCAAGCAAAGCGCGUCUAUUUCUCUCUCUGUUGUAACUCACUGGCCCCCCAACAUCUCACAUCCACCCACUACGGAUCUUUUUUUUUCACCCCCUUGUUUUUUUUCAGAGGGGGGGUUUGCGCGAUUUGCUGGAGAAAACACAUUGGAAUAGAGACGUGGAGUCUGGCGAAUUUAUUUAUGGUAAUACUGUAAGAAUUGCCUCUAUUAUUUGUAUCACUCCAAGAAUUUCUUUCUCUCUGUGUCUCUCUCGGUCUCUCUCUCUCUGCCUCUCUCUCUUUCUCGGUGGCUGUCGUGCGUUGUUGCGCUCCGUUUUGAUGGGAAAAACCCAGAAGAAGAAGAAGAAGACGGGGGGGAUAUGAACGGGCAGACCGGAGUGUAACGCAUUUUAUUUUCAUCCAUUGAACCAUCUUGUUGCGCCGGACUUAGUGCUGUCGGGAAUGGGGAGUACUGAUUCACUGGAGGGCUGCAGAAUUUAUUUAUAAAGGAUGUGGUCAAGUAUGUUGGAAAAAUAGCCAUAGCUUCCGCAGUGUAAGGCCAAAUGACAUAGGAUGAAGGCUGUUCGAAACCUGUUGAUUUAUAUAUUUUCCACCUAUCUUCUGGUUAUGUUUGGAUUAACUGGUGCCCAAGAUUAUUGGUGUUCCACUCUGGUCAAGGGGGUCAUCUAUGGAUCAUAUUCGGUGACUGAAAUGUUUCCUAAGAACUACACAAACUGUACAUGGACGCUGGAGAACCCAGACCCUACCAAAUACAGCAUCUACCUGAAGCUAUACAAGCGAGACUUGGGCUGCUCUGAAUAUUCUUUGCUAGCUUAUCAGUUUGACCAUUACUCGCACGAAAAGAUCAACGAGUUGCUGAAAGUCAACGAAUCUAUAGUGUACCUGUGCGAUUCAAAGAAUAUAUAUGUAUUUUUGCUGUACGACAAGAAUUUCGCUCAAAUACGGAGAGUUUUCCCAUAUGAUUACAACGGAUUGACAACACAGAAGCUGGAUGAGGAGGAGAAAUCCAAUGUGGAGUUUUUGGUCUUGAAUAAGGCAAGCCCCAGCCAGUUUGGCUGUCAAGUGCUUUGUACGUGGCUGGAAAACUGCCUGAAGUUAGAGAAAGGGACAGUGGAGACAUGUGGGAUUGUGUACACAAAAUGCACAUGUCCUCAGCAUUUAGGCGAUGGAGAAUCAGAGAGCGUGCUCAUGCUCAACAACGUGGUUUUACCUUUAAAUCCACAAACGGAGGGUUGCUUGUCACCUCAACUAGAAGCUGGGCAGGUCUGCAAUCUGAGUGCAGAAGUGAAGCGUCCUCCUAAAGAAGAAUAUGGAAUGAUCGGAGAGCAUACAGUAAAAAGUCAGCGGCCAAGAUCAGUUCAUGACACAAAGGCCCUGCAGGAGCAAGCUGAAUCUGCUAAAUUUAUGGCACAAACUGGUGAAUCAGGUGCAGAGGAGUGGUCCAAGUGGAGCUCAUGCUCUGUAACAUGCGGUCAAGGGUCGCAGGUGCGAACAAGAACAUGUGUCACACCAUACGGAACACACUGCAUCGGCCCUUUAAGAGAAUCAAGGGUUUGCAAUAACACUGCCCCUUGUCCAGUACACGGUGUAUGGGAGGAGUGGUCACCGUGGAGCCUGUGCUCAUUCACAUGUGGCCGGGGGCACCGCACUAGGACUAGGAGCUGUGCCCCUCCCCAGCAUGGAGGCAGGGCCUGUGACGGACCUGAGACCCAGACUAAGCUUUGCAACAUAGCCCUAUGCCCAGUGGACGGACAGUGGCAGGAGUGGAGCUCUUGGAGCGAUUGCUCGGUGACCUGUGCCAAUGGCACUCAGCAGAGGACCAGGCAGUGCUCAGCGGCCGCCCAUGGGGGAUCUGAGUGUCGCGGUCACUGGGCAGAGAGCAGAGAGUGCCAUAAUCCUGACUGCACAGCUAACGGCCAGUGGAAUCCUUGGGGUCCGUGGAGCGGCUGCUCUAAGUCUUGCGACGGCGGUUGGAAGAGGCGAGCGCGAGUGUGUCAGGGGGCAGCGGUCACUGGGCAGCAGUGUGAUGGCAACAGAGAGGAAGUCAGGAAGUGCAGUGAGCAACGAUGUCCAGCGCCGUAUGAGAUUUGUCCGGAGGACUAUGCAGUGUCAAUGGUGUGGAGAAGGACGCCUUCAGGAGAACUGGCCUUUAACAGAUGCCCACCCAAUGCCACAG